AUGGGCACAUGUCUUCACGGAUGGUUGCAUGUUGGAUGCCCGGGAGACGACGCGCCCCAAGUAGGCAUGAACCAGGACAACCUGAAGCCGUGGCUGAACGAGAGCGACACAGACGAGCGCAACGCGCGGGCCCGCAAGGCCUACGAAGCGCUGCUCACCGUCACAGCCUCCACGCCCAACAACACGCAGUACAGCAACUUCUCCGAGGAGGUGAAGAGCCUGGCGCGCGACAAGUUCAACUACACCUCCAACAGCUCCGUCUCCACCUUCGUGACGGCCUUCUACGACGCCGUCGUGCUGUACGCGCUCGCCCUCAACGAGACGCUCAGCGAAGGCGGCUCGGAACGCGACGGCGCCACCAUCACGCGCCACAUGUGGAACCGCACGUUCGUAGGUACGUUUGCUGCUGGGAGCGUUCGCGAUGGAGUGUAA